AUGGCUCUCUCGACAAGAACCGAGGCAAGUCUCUUACCCCAUUUCUGCUGCUGGUCUGCUCAUCCUUAUCCAGUGCGAUCGGGCAAGAAGCACGGCCACUCCUCAGAUGGCCGGCCAACGGUGGUGACCAGCCAUCAUCCCCUCUUCUCCCACCUAUCCCUUGCCAAGCCGACGUGCUCCUGGUCUGGCAUCAGGUGCGACGCCGCUGGCCACGUCGCUGAGACCAGCCUACCCGGCGCUGGCCUCAAUGGCAUGCUCGGCGCGCUGAGCUUUGCUGCGUUCUCGGUGCUCACCAAGCUCAACCUCGCCGACAACAUCACCGGUGCCAUCCCGGCGAACGCCACCGGCCUGACGUACCUUGACCUGUCAGGGAACAGCUUGUCCGACUGGAAACGGAAAGGGAGUUGGACUGACUUAAAUAGCCGGUCCCUGGGAAGCUAA